AUGCCUACGAAGAAGAAAACACUGAUGUUUUUAUCCAGCUUCUUUACAAGCUUCGGGUCAUUCAUCGUAGUCUGCUCCAUGCUUGGGACUCAAGAAUGGGUCAGCAGUCAAAUUGCCAUCAGUGACUCGUCUUCAAACGGUAGUCUUGUUAUCACCUAUGGACUUUUUCAAGGCAAGAGUCACCAAGAAUUCAGUCAUGGACUUGAGGAAUCACAAAAAGGCUUUGAAGUUCUAGAGAAGUUGAACAAUUCUUCCCGAAGAACGCUGCACCUGGUGGCCGUCCUGCUGCUGGUGCUCAGCCUGUGCACGUCGCUGCUGAGUUCCGGGUUCACCUUCUACAACAGCAUCAGCAACCCCUACCAGACGUUCCUGGGGCCCGUGGGCGUGUACACCUGGAGUGGCCUUGCUGCGUUGUUCGUUUUCCUGACCAUGAUACUGUUCGUGGCCAACACACAAUCCAAUCAUCUCUCGGAAGAGCUGGCCCAGACGCUGUACCCACUGUAUCCGACAACCACCUACAGAGGAACGACCCACAGCUACGGUUACUCGUUUUGGCUCACGCUCCUCGUCAUUCUUCUAAGUGUUGUCACCGUGGUCAUCAUCGUUUUCUACCAGAAGGCCAGGCACCAGCGGAAACAGGAGCAGAGAAAGCCAAUGGAAUACGCUCCCAGGGAUGGAAUUUUAUUCUGA